GGCCGUGGCCGAGUGGUAUAGGGCUCAUUAUGGGCAUACAUGGAAAGUCCGGGGUUCGAUCCCCGGCCGCGGCACCAUUCGAUUUAAUCGACAAUGCAAUUCUCUUUGCUUUUAUCCUGCAUGUGGUUUGUACAAAAAUAAUAAUAACUAUAAUACCAUAGAGCUAUUAAUAGCUUAAUAACUUAAUAGCUCCAUGAUAAUACCGUACGAUAUACGGGACAGUGGACAACUCGACCUCAUAGAGCUGUCCAUGGAACUGGGUCGAGCUGUCCGGUGGUCAGGCUGGUAGUGUUAGGACUUUGUUAUUUUGUCGAUCGAUUACAUGUGUGGGCGCUUGUUGAGUCGAACAUAACCCACCAAAUUUGUAGUCAAGGUCUUUGACGAUGAAAAACUCUUUGCUGUCUGCCAGUCAAUUAUCGAAAUUCUGCUUAACCCUCAAGCAGGUGAGAUGCGCUCGAUGCAUACAUAUCGCAACAAGGAGAUGUGCCGAGGAUGAUGGGAAUGAUGACCUAGGGUCAAGGGCGGACAGCAAAGGAAAGAAGAAAUCGGCAGUGGCAGCCAGUGACUUGCUUAAUGUCCUAUCGGAUCUCAGGGUCCAGAAGACUAGUGAUAAACAGACCCUUGUGACCAGACGAAAAAAACUGUCGGCGGCUGCCAACUUCCAAAGAAUUGUCGACAGGGCCGAGAGAAGGAGGGAGGAUGGAGAAGGAAAAGAAGAAGAAGCUCGGAGUACAGAAGAAGAAAAGUUGCCAGGACUUCAAGAAAUCCAUGAAAUGACUAAGGAAGCAGUCAAGAAGGUGGCUGAGGUCUACCCAGAGAGGGCGCUAGUCGAGUCUGAACUACUAAAAGAGCUCCGGAGACACGAUGAGGCUACUGCUGCCGGAGAGAGGGGUGAACCUGAAGGAAUCGAUUCGGUCCUCUCAGGAAUCCGUGUACAGCGACAGACCCGACAGGAGAAACGUCAGGAAGGACGAGACGGGAAGGGCCAACAAGGGAUGACCAACCAGUUUGACCUGACAUAUCCAUUAGAAGGGUCACUGCGGCCAGAGUUUGAGGACAGCGUUGAUAGGAGAAAAAUGGCUCGAGGAGAACCCUACCAGAGACAACGCAAGAGGACCCUGUUUGACCGUCAGCGUCUGAAUAUAUUUAGUCCUGUCACAGAUACAAAAGGAUUAGAUGUACAAGAAGAGCGGAAAACCAUCUGGGACCUAGAGCUUGAGAAACAGUUGAGGGCGCUGGCUUACUCAACGAUACACAACGGAUUCGAGGAAGCCAUGAAAUUGACGGAAGAAGGGAAACUCUGGAAGUAUCCCAUCGAUAAUGAGCAAGGGAUGGAGGAGGAGAAGAAAGUAGCCUUCCAUGAGCAUAUCUUCUUGGACCAUCUCCUGGAAGACUUCCCCCGGCGAGCCCAGGUCCUGGACUUCAUGGAACUGGUACUGAUCGGACUCUCAAAGAACCCGUUCCUCACCGUAGCCCAGAAGCACGACCACGUCGCCUGGUUCCGAGACUACUUCUGGCAGAAAGAGGACAUCUUUGUGAAGCUUGAGAAGGAGGAAAAAGUCAGCGCCAGUUAGUGUUGAAAAAUGAAGCAGAGUGCAUCUUUGAACCAAUUUAUGGCAUUAGCAGACGUGCCAACCUUUUUAUAGUAUUUUUUUGCUAUGAAUACGCCAAUACUUUUUUUGUAUGAUUUGUUACUUUUUUUUUAUUUCUGAUCAUGGAGUAUGUAUUAUACACAGAUCGUGACACUAGCGCUGGUCCGACAGUCCCAGACCGGUAAAAAUCACUGUCGGGCCGGUAGCUUGUUGCAUGAAAAGAACAAGUGAAUUCUUGCCUACGAGCACAUGUUUAAAAUGGUGAAUUAUCAAGUUUUCCGUCAUUUCACAUGUUUUUUUCACCGAUCUCACCACAACAGGCUGGUGAUUGCUACGUUGAGACAAUUUUUUUUUAAUACUCUUUUUUUGUCAAAAAUUUGUUUUGUUCCUUCUAAGAAUACUUUUUUUUUUAGAAGGUUGGCAGGUCUGCAUUAGAGCUAGUAAAUACCAUGUCAAUGAUACAUUAAUAAAGACCAUCUGCAAGAUUGAGAUUUGAGAUGAUGGAAAAGUGACUCUGAUUGGCUGGGAGUGGAUCAGUUUUGGAAUUCAAAACUUUGUUUUUGUUUAUUUAACAGGGCUUGAUAUUGAAAUAGAAAAAUCUUUUUUUUUUUGUUAAAAAGAAAAAAUUCGAUUUCUGUCAUGCAAUACUGAUUUUUCUUCGAUAAUGUAAAUGAUGAUGAUGACGGUGAGGAUUGUGUGACUAAUUCAAAUGAUAAUACAAAUUCAUGAUGAUAAAAAAUAAUUGCUAACCAGGAUCACAAUUUUAGCUUUUAGCCUAUCUCGCCCUGUAUUACGUGAUGCAUCAUACCCUAAUUUGUUCUAAUCAAAAGUACCGUCGUCGGGUCUUUGCCUGACUUCAGGCCCAGAAUGCUUUCCCGGUAAACUCUAUGGGUUUUUUCAGACUUUGUAUGUGACAAGCCUCCCCAAAACCAACAAUUAGUCACCUGAGAAGGUUCCCUGUAAAUUGCAAAAUAGUAUUUUGACAUCCAAAAAUAAAAAUAAAACUUAUAUGAAUGAACAAUUCUUCUUUAUGCUGUAAAAAUUUGAAGUUCUAAAUUUGAAUUUAAGAAAAGAUGCAAUAGUUUUUUUUGCAACAUUUUUUUUUGGGGGGACUGCCCGAAUGUUUCACCGAGAUAGCUUUGCGCGUGCAUCUCAUGCUUGAGUGAACCUUGAAGUUCAAACCUUGUUUUUAUCCUUAUUUUCGAAUUAAGCUCUCGCUGAAUCUCUGCAUUCAAUCAAGUAUUUGUGAGGGUUAUUGUCAAUCAAUUUUGAAAAGUUGUAUGUCAUUUUUAAAGCAUAAGAAAUGCCUUUUUAAGCUCAUUAAGAUAUCAAUAUUCCUUAUUAUGGGUGACUUAUUGUUGGAUUUUGGGUGGCUGGUCGCAUAUUGUAUUGCACACGGGGGGGGGGGGGGUAAUAUAUUCUGGCUUCUCUUCAUGCCCAGGUUGUAAAACUCUCUGGCAUCCUUGUCUAAUAAAAAUCUCUAUUUUAGAAUAUUGAGUUACAUUGAAUCAAUUAAAAAUAUCUUUUCAAGGUUCUAUUGUCAUAUGGGAAUUGAUUUAUGACAUCAAGGGGAGGGGCAAUGUGAACCCAAUUUAUCAUCAAACAAUAAGUCCCCUGCUUGAAUCAUUGGUCCUAUGAAAAAAUGUACAAGAUGUAGAUGGUCCUGUUAAUGGAGAAGUAUGCCAAAGUUUAAUCUAUUGAGACCAUGGGAAUCUGACCUGUUUGGAUAUACAUUGUAUAUGACUUUUUAAAAAAUUGCAUAUUACACAUGUUUUGCAUAAUCUUGUCUGAAAAAAAUAGGUUCGACUAAUAAUUUAUUUUUGGAAGAUUGACAUAUGCAAGCUUACUUCCAGUGGCAUACAGGUGGGGGCGCUUGCCCCCCCCCAAAAAAAAAAAAAAACAACCAAGAAAAAAAGAGAAUAAAAGAGAGAAGGGUGAAGCAUAACAUUAUUUUCUUAAUAUUAUGUCAAAAUCUAUACAAAAUUGGAUGUAUGAAUUUUUGCUCACUCGCUUCGCUUGCUCGCAACAUUUUAUAAAUUUUGCCAAGUACGUCAUAUCCCCCCUCUCAAAUUGUUGGCUCAUUACGCCACUGAUGUACUCAUUUUACCAAGAGAAUAAAAAAAAUCAUUAUUUCUGUGGAGGGACAACUUUCCUGCUAUGACAGGGGAGGGGGGGGUGCCAAUCAGAUGAUAUGCUGUGUAACAUAGAGCACCUAUUGCAAUAGUUUCAUUUUAGAUUCAUGUGUGUUGUUUACAUGAUUUAAAAAAAAAAAGGAAUUCAUGAUAUUUUUCACAGAACUUCACACUGGAUUAGCAUAUACCAAUGGGCCUAGGAAGAAAAUAGUUCCCAACAAAAUGACCGUCCUUUUCAGAGCCUCAAGGUGAAAGAAGCCAUUGUCAUCUCAGUGUUAUUCAAACUUUUUGCAAACAGGUGGAAAACAAGCAAACUUGUAGAGAAAUCUCGCAGCUCUUUCAAUCACAACGAGCCUAUAGAGACAGUGUGCAACCCAAAGAAGAAUGGGAGUUAUCUGAAGUGAUUUACUUUCCAGUUGACAUGGAAUAGUUCACAAAUAGGUGACCGUGAUUAGGAUAAAUAUUUUAAUUAUCAGGUGGAAAAGCUUUUUUUUUUACAAUGUUUGUGUGAUUAUCAAUGUCAUUCAUCAUCAUUAUUUUUGCCAAGUAUUAUCAGACACGGAAAAAUACAGUCCUUUUCUAAGACAAUA